AUGUUUGAAUUCCAGUCUCUCCAACUCAGAUCUGAAUUUGCUUUCCUGCCCCAGCGGCCACAGUCUUCUAAGUUAGUUGAUCGCUGCACCAAGACUCUUCAGCUCUCUCCUAAUCCUCUUACAGCCGAUUCUCAGAUGACCUCUUGCAUAGAUACCGUAGAGCCCAGUGGUAUGACUUCUCUUGGACAAUUGGCCGGUGAUGGAACCAACUGUAAUAACACUCAUGCACAGGCUGAUAAUUUAGUCACUUAUUCUUUGCCACAUGCUCCUCCUGCUUCUGUUGGUAUAACCCCUUGUGCUGUGGAGUGGGUUAAUUUUGGAUCCAGGGUUCGUCAAACUCCUAGCCUCGGGAAUCGUCGGCCCUGUCUUAAGAGUAUCAAGGAUUCAAUUAGAGGUGGAAGGUUAGUUCAGAUGCUUCCUGCGCGACCAAAUACUCAGAAUGCUUUUAUCUUUGUUCAUCUGAUGAAUGGUUAUUCUAUACAUACAUUUAUUUAUUUAUUUAUUUAUAUUCACAUAUAUUUAUAUCAAUUUCUAAGUAGGUUUGUGGGGCUACCAGUAAAUAAGACUAUUCGAUUGCUAUAG